AUGGCUUGUGUCUUGGUGAGGCAUGCUGGGCUGAAUAUCUCGCAAGCGGGGGGCGAGACUCUCGUCGAAUGUCUGCUAGCUUUGAUCAGUAAUGCGUCUAGGCAGAUCGGUUCUUUGCCAUACCUGAUCGCCAGUUGCAUCCCAGCCAAGCCUGUCCUCGGCUUCUUCCUCUUCGUCGUUCGGUACAUCCCAUUGCCUGUCAUCAUCUGCUGGUACGAACAGGCUGUCGAACUGGAUGGAUGCGGGAGGCGGCCGCUGGCUUUGAGUGUUCGUAUCUGUGCCACGAACAGAAGCUCCAGGAGUUCCGGUGAGCGGACGAAUAGACCGGGCGCGGGGUGGAGGCAUAUGGCUCGUAUUGGAAGUAACGUUCGCUCGGCUGACGCCGGCCGGAGCAGGCGUCUGCCUUGCUGA